AUGAUCAUCGCGUUUGGACUAAUCUUUCUCUUGGGAAGCUACGGUAACAUAGAGCGUUUUUAGUCUUAAACAUUUUCAAUUCAAAGUCGCAACAAAAUUGACUAUGGAAAACCAUUGUCUUAUACGAUGUUUUAGCAAACACAGGAUUUAUUAAACAGAUUAUAGAUUCCCUUAGAACUCAGAGUUUUCAUUAAUCGUUGUUAUUUGUAACAAGCAUAGCAUACUUUUUCUGCGCCUGAGUUCCAAAGAACUUAAAAACUACGGCAAAGAUAAAAUCGAAUGUAACUCCGCUCAUUGCCAGGAGGUAAAACAGAAGUAAAUAAAAGGAAUCCAAAUCAGCCAAAAUAGUUAAUUAUUCAGAAGCUUCUGUUUUCCAGCGAGCAGCCGACACAUAUUCGCACUGUUCUACAAGAGAAAAAUAAGACUUUACCGAUAGAGGAAAUAUCUGACUAAUCCUAUGGGUCACACCUUUAGGAAUACUCCUCAUUCUAAAUUGCAAAAUGUUUAUUUAUGAUAACCUGACUUUUCUUGAACGUCGACUAUGCUCCACUAUGUUCUGGUAUUGUUAUGAUAGUAUAUAUUUUUAAACUUUUAGGCAACCUAGCAACUGUCUUUCUCAUGUUUAUUUGCUCAUAAAACCGCAACUUGUGUCUUUUGAGUUCACAGAAAUUGCUUAUUUAAAGAACAGCAUACAAUUUCUCUACUGAUGUUUGUAUGCAUAAGACAUUUCGCAUCUCACCAGCCUCGUCUGAACCCCUUAAAGUGCUUUCCAUACUUGUAGCUAAAGAAAUAAAUUUUGGAUUGAUCAAUACCCACAGAAACUAGGAGUAGAACGUGCCUGAAUUAUGUGGGCGGAAACCAGAAUACAACUCUCACUCUUCCAAUUGGAGUCUAAAAGUAGUACUUCAGGAUCUAUGUGGCUCUGAAUAUAUAAGGAUAAUUUGCAUAGCAUUUAAAGCCGACGAUCAUGUAUCGUUUCAAUAUUUCCGUCAUGGAAUACCUUUGAGCUAUGCCUUUUCGAUGCUUGUACGGCUUUUUCACCCGAACCGCUAAAGUGAAUGACAGUGACACUAAAUUUCAGCCUGUACUUUGUCAUAUAUUGAUAUAUGUUGUAAAUUAUGAAUCACAACACACGGCGCAAUUCAGAAUUCAACUGAUAAGGUGUAUUUUACCAGUUAGAACACAAAUAAGUGCUCUUAAUAUACAUUCGAAAUGUCACUUGACAAACAGAUGUUUUCAAAAACUCAUGACCAGGCUAAUACAUUUACAUAGGUAAUGAUGUUUUUAAUUGAGGAUAGACUAUGUGUCGUAGGGGGCAUGGUAAGCCAGACCAUGUUCCCACGUCGUCCGCAUGACGGAGUCAGGCUUCUGAGGACGGUGGAGUUGGGAUGUGAGUUGGAGGAAGGAGAGGGGUUCAGGUUAAGUAGUGAACGCCGUCUUUACGUCAAAAACGCGAAGUGCGUGCGACUAUUCUCAGGGUGUCGGGACGGCGUGCGAUCACCACCCAAAGACGGCCAGGGAAGACGCACUGCUGGUGUCAACGUCUUCCGACAGCAGAGUGCUAGGUUAGCUACAAAAAUGGCUACUGCUCCGGCUGAGGCUAGCACCCGUUUGCGCAGGCCUUUAGGGUAGUAUGCGGACGCCCGAUAGAUAACUUCAAAUGCUUAUUUGGCGUCGACUUGGUAAUUCGUAGCGAUUAGAUGUGCGAAAAUGAACUUGAAAUCAACUAAUUUUACCCUUUACAUAUCCAGACAGGCAUGUGUUUGAGUACCUCCUUUUCCAGACGCCUCGUUGUACGGCCAAUAUACCCCACUCUACAUGAGCAGGUGAAUGAAUAAAGAGAAGCGUGUAAAGAUGUUUAAUUUAAGUUAUUAUCGUAACUCAGUAUUAUGUAGACCUGAUCUCGUCGGGAUUCUAUACUGCAAUGACUAUUCGAAUGCUAAAUUAUGAUUCAGCUAUAGAAUUAUGUUUUUACCUUGUAUUCAUCAUGCAGCCGUCUAAUAAGUUAACCAUUCCUUUAUUUAAGUGUACUGAAGUGUCAUCGAGCCAAAGAAAUUAAAUAUCUCUUAUAAUCCGUGUAGCCGAUGUUCUAUGCGCUUUCUCAAAUGCAUGAUUUCGCCUUAAGAAAGGAUGAUUAGACAAGUAGUUGUAGAUUACCACUGUGAUUCUGGUGAAUAUAAUUAUGUCCAACAACAAGAUUUCAGGAAACGGAAAUGAUAUGCGCUCAUCUCCAUGCUUCCGUUAAAUUUACGACUUCCUAUGCACUGACUCCGGGUAUAUUUCAAGGACUAGAUGCACUAGCGGUAACUGACUCAAAUGAAAAGUACAGCAAAGUUUUGGCCCACACAUCCACCUACCAAUAUACAAGCCGCAAAACCAAAAGAUAACGAAAGGUAAAAAUGUCGCAUUACAAACAAGCUUUCGAGCAAAUAUAAAUUUAAAAAGCAACAUGCUUUCCUCUGAUCCAAACCCUCUCUUCCAGAAAGAGAAAGCCUAGAAAGAAACCUCCAAUCUCACUUUCGAAACACGUAUUAACUGUUUGUUCUAAUUCAACAUAUUUCUCACUUUUAUGUCAAUAGCAAGGUCUUUCUACUUUAAUUCCGCUGAAAGAAGAACGGUUUUUUAGCAAUCACAUACCAUAAUUAGCAUGCCAGGUGGAUAUUUGUUUUAUACAAGAGCCCCUCUGACACAAUUGCAACUGACGUCAACGACGCUUCUUAUGUUGGCUAUAAAUUAACGUUGAAAUUUCCUUCUUUGUUUCUUUGAAUGCCAAAACCUCUUAUAUUUUGUACUUUGCGUCUUCUGCGUAGUCAAACUUUCAAGUAAAGUAGAAAUAAUCAUAAAGAUUUAAGUGAUCCAAGGGAUUAUCCCCGAGAAUGUAUUGUUGUCAAUAUAAAUAAAGCAUUUCAGUAGUUAAUGGACUUUACAAAUCAAAGCUUCACUUCAACUUUACCGCGGGUACAAGACUGCAGCACAAAUUAACAUUUUAAAAUUAACCUGUACAAACAGGUGCAUUCGGAUGUAAAUCUUCAGACUCCCCCAAAUACCCCUUCAAACAUCAGUGAUCGCAGUUUUUACGUAUUGUAUAUUAACAGAUUUAAAAGCGUAUCCAAUUUUUCCGCGUUUUAUUUGUUUAGUGUGCAUUGACUUUGAUGAGUUUGCACGCAAGGAGUUAUAUCUUCUUAGACCCUGAAAAUGUAAGAGCUUUUUUCGUAAAUUCAAUUAUUACUCUUGUGUUUUCCAUAGGGAAACAAGGAAACAUGUGCAAUUAUAUAAAAUGGCAUUAUAAGAAAAGUGGAAUACCAAGGCAUAAUAUUAUGGCUUUUGUCUGCCUACCAUGUUUUUGCAAUAUAAACGUUCCUACUGAUGGUCACCUGAUGGGGACCAUGGCUUUUCUCAGUUUGAUGCGUAGCUAAUGCCGUACUAAAUAACCUUUAAAGUCUUUGUCAUUAAACUCAAAACGGACUUGAUUAAACAUUAAAAAGAAUGGAAAGCAAAAAUGGUAGCACAUGCCUUUGUGAUCCCCACUUUUUAAAAAAUUCGUUUAGAGAGUUCUCUUGUGACCGUUUUAUAAUAAUUAUGAAAAAAUCUAUGAUAGAUAUUACAUAGAAGUAAUAUCAUGUCAAUCGAAAAUUACGUUUAAAUUGGUAAACGUUGGGACAUCCUAGAUGACACUUCAGCCGCAGAUGUUUUACACAAGGGGAGUUGAAUAGAACCUAGGUGAUAUAAUUCAAAAAGUGGGCGUACAUUAGCGAAAAAUCCCUUGGUAUUAGAAAACCAGCCCAAGCGCAUUUACCUUAUCCUCAAAAUAACCGUUGACUCAAAUUAUUAUGAAGUCAGCUGGCGAAAAUAGGUUUUCGGUAAUUCAUUGUCAGGCUAAUACAAUUACAUGGAGAAUGAACUUGUGAGCUAUAGACAGGUUUCAUUCAUGUCUCAGGUGCAGGGUUACGUAAACUCCUUGUUCCCAAGCUGCCCGCAUUACAGAAUGAGCAUGUUGAUGACAGUGGAGCUGGGGUGUGAGGAGGGGAGGUAUGGGGGGUGUGGUUAGAUUGUGAACGCUGUAUGUAUGUCAAACACGCGGAGUGCGUGUGACUGUUCUCAGGGCUUUGGGGCGACGUGCGAUCACUAGUUAGAAAUAACCGCGGAAGACUAUCUGUGCCAGCGUUUUCUGACAGCAGAGCGCUGGAUUCGGUGGUCAAAUGGCCACUGCCUCUUCUGUUUGUAUCGGCCGUUUGCGUAGGCGAAAACGAUAGGGUGUAGGACCCACAAGUAGAUGGCUGCUAAAAUAUAUACUCUAAAAUUCACUGUGGCUGUAAACAUCACUUAUUUAAGUGAAGAAGUUUCGAGCACCGGAAUACUUCGUUUAUGGUCCUGAGCUUUCACUCGAACAGGAGUCCAUCGUCAGAGGUAGUGGCAGCAGCAGAACAAGCGACAGUUAUAUGGCAUGCAGGCCAAUCAUCGACCGACGGCGAAAGACUGGAGGGGAGUACGCAGUGCUCUGUACGCCGGCGCCAGAUCGAUAAAUCGAUUGACCGCGUUCUCAUCCGAGGCCCAGGCUCCAAUCACUUAUCGGCCUGUUUUGUUUCCGGCGUGGGCGGCUAUUUUGGUGACUGCGAAGUUGAACUCGUAACCCAAUCCGAAGGUGUGAGCGGCCACUUGUGAUAAUGCGUCGUCUCGUCGCACAGCCAGCUUAUUUUCAUGUAUGCGCGAUCCGAGCAUGCGCCCAGUCUGCCCUGUGAAAUUACAAGGACAAUUUUGACACGGAAUGCGUUCAACUACUCCAGAUUGCUCUUCAGGUUUUAGCCAGUCUUUGAUUUUCAUGACCCUAUUGCGCAUAGUGGCUUUGGGGCGGUGUGAAAUUCCAACACCCAGCUCCACAGCAAUGCGCUCAGUCGCUUCUGAAACGACCUUGAUGUAUGGCAGAGAAUGUCAUAUCAUCGGUGGCGUUGAUGUGCCAGUUCUCUGGUGACGACCACGUAUGUAGCGACUUAUGAAUGCCCUCGGAUAACCAUUUUGCACAAACUGAUUGCGGAGUUAACGGGCCUCACAUGCUCUGUCCUUCGGUUUGCUGCAAUGAGUUUGGAUUUUUUUGAAGAGCGUCUUCACACAGCUUCGUUUAUGAGCCACCGGAUGGUUACAGUGAAAACUGAGAAACUGUGUGAUGUUCGUUGCUUUCCUAUAAACCGUCGUUUCAAAUUCACCGUUAAGGUUUCGUCUGACAAGCACAUCCAGGAAGGGCAACUGCUGUUCCUGUUCUUCUUCCCUCGUGAAUUUUAUAUCAGGGAAGACUGCCUUGAGCAGGCUGAGGAAAUGUUGCAGCAUGUCCUUCUUUACGAUGACGAACGUUUCUUCAAAGUAACAGCGCCGAAUCACCGAUUCAAAAUUGGUGAAGGCAAUCUUUUCUAACUUUGUAGGACCAGUUCUGCCACUAAACCGGAAACCGGUGAGCCCAUGGGGGUUCCUUUGAUUUGUUCAUAGGUCUUUCCCGCUAAAGUGAAGAACGUUUGUUGGCCGAAUUCAAACAGCCUCAUGAGGUGCUCAAUUUUGAGUGCAUUCAGAGUCUCAUCGUACGCCUCUUCAAGACUCUGGCGCAAGACUUCGCUGGCCAAGUUUGGUGGGAUGGAUGUAAAUAACGACGUCACAUCGAAGGAGACCAUGAUUUCGUCCGAUUGAAUUCUCCGAUCUCGGAGGUCCAUGAGGAAUUGAGAGACUGAUCGAAUUCAGGUAUUCGAAUUGCCUUGGAGGAACUUCAGUUUUGAGUACAUCCACUUUUCCUAAUUGUGGGUGGGGCCGCCUUUUAGGGCAACGAUUGGCCGAAGUGGGACAGUUGCUUUAUGGAUUUUCGGCUGACCAUAGAAUUGAGCUAGAGCUGUGUCAGCUGCCUUCAUUUGGUGCAAUUCAUUCUCCGUGAUCACAUUUUUAUGUCGGUAUUCUCUAAGCAGUUUACUCGGCCGAUUUGCCGGUGUACAGCGCCCUGCGUAGUCACCUCCAGGUCGAUAAUUGACCUACAUGCCUUUUAACUGUUGCUUGUUCUGCUGCUGCUGCUGCUGCUACCUAUGACGAUGGACUCCUGUACGAGUCUGAAAGCUCAGGAUAAUAAACUAAGUAUUCCGGUGCUCGACUUUUCUUCAUUUAUGCAUACACCUGGAACUCGAAUGCUCGCCUUCAUUCACAUCACUUGUUAUUCAUCGUUUCCAUUGUCUGAAAUUUCCUUCUCUUCCUAACUAAAUGGUAACUUACCAGAGGCGAUUUAUUCUGUGUCCGUUAUUUUUUGAAAUUCGCUUUUGGUGAUCGUAGAGUAUGCGAGCCUCAUAUAUGUCUGUUCAAAAAUCUGCCGUCUUGUCUUUUUAAGAUAGGUAUGGUUCAUAGCGACUUGUCUGGCAACAGAUCAUAAUAGCGGUUAUGCGAUACGCGGAUUUUGACCCUCACUAGCGUUAUUGAUGUCAACUUUUCCCUUAUCGGGCUAAAGGUAAGCGUUAGGGUUACUGUUCGUUCCAGGUGUUUGGUUAUUCUUUGGACUAUGUUUGCCGGGCUUGGGCUAUGGUCUGAAUUUGGAGUUGAGACUAAGGUUAAGGUUUUUGAUUUAGCGUUGGCGUCUUAAGAUUAGGGUUGGGAUCAGGGCCUGUGUCAGGGCCUGUGUCAGGGUUAGGGUUCUAGGAUUAGGAGUCACAGUAAGGGUAAGGAUUUUAGGGCUUGGGUUUAGAUCGCGGUUACGUUCUAAUUUUCCCUUAAAGGCGCACGGGUUAAACGUUAGGGUUACCCAUGACGGACAUGGCCACAACUGAUGGUAGGGUUGUAGCUAACUGCAGUUUUUUCAUGGGUUAGUUACCAUACGCCUGCCUAUCUUUUUUUUAAUCAUCGUGCUCACAUUCAAAUGAUAGCGUAUUACAAGACUUUUGCGGAAUUUUAUCGAUUUUCUGGGUCUUCUUGUUCUUCGUCCUGUGUACUGCAUCACGCGAGAAGACCUUUCUACCAUAAUUCAACGAAUGACACGGUCCACAGGUUAGCUGAAAUUAGCUGUGGGUCCUACACUCUAUCUUUGCCGCGUAGGCCUUGACAGUAUUAUGCUGACGCCCGGUAGACAACUUCAAAUACGUCUUUGCGUCGACUUGGUGAUUUGUAUCGAUUAGAUGUGCAAACAUUGAGCUGGAAUUCAAUCAAUUUUCCGCUUUUCCUAGCCAGACAGGCAUGUGUUUGCGUGCCCCUUUUCUAGACGCCACGUGGUACGACCAAUGUAUCUUCCUCCACAGAAGCAGGUGUACAAGUAAAUACACAUCGAUGUGGCCUGCAACGGCAUGCGGUCUUUGCCCUCCAGCCGUAGUAGGGAAGAGUUUGCAAAAAUGCGCAAGUUCGCCGCGGGGAAGACACUCAUGAUAGCCGUCCUUAGACGUCGUCUCAAUAAUUUGCUUGCUGCGUCUCCUUGAAUAUGCAUUCUUAGGAAUGUCUUUCUUUUCUGCAGUUGCAACGACAGGCUUUGUGACACGUUGCCUAAUGUUUUGGAGGAUGGAUAUCUCUGGAUAGCCGUUUUCGUGGGCGUGUUCUGCAGCUACUGGGAUUCUGCCUCAACAAUUUCAGGAGAGUACAUGCGUCGCACUCUAGCCGCCAGUCCCUGUACUAAAUACCCUUUUUGAUUUAGGGAAAACAAAACUGUGAAAAGUGAUGUAUUGUCACGUCCAAGUUUUCCUUCGUGGUGUCUUGUGUUGGAUAUACCCACCCUCUUGUCUGUCCAGGACAUCGAGGAACGCGAUUUUGUUAUUCGCGUCAGUCUCUAGAGAAAACUUCAGAUAGGGAUGCGCCUUGUUAAACUUCCGAAUUAGGUCAUCGAAGUCGGUGGUAGGACUUGUCAGGCAAAAUAUAUCGUCCACAUAUUGUCCUUAGAAGUCAAGAUCAUUUAUGGUAUCCUUAAAACUCGAUUGCUCGACCGUGCCCAUUAAGAUAUUUACGAGCAAUGGCCCCAGCGGUGAGCCCACCACCAUAUCGUCUAUUUUCCUGUAUAGAUGGCCGUUGCAGAGGACGUGGACAUUGUGUGUGCAUCGCGUAAGAAGUUCUCUUAAGGCCUCCAGUGUCAUGCCUCUCGGGUAGUUUGUUUCUUAAAUGAAGUUGUAUAGAUAGUUUGUUGUCUCUACAAUGGGUACAUUGGAAAACAAUGGUAACACAUCUGAAGACAGCAUCGUCUGUCCACCAACGUUUAUAUUCUUCAUGGUCUCGACAAACACAAAGUUGCCUUUCAAACUUCGAGGCACAAAGAAAUUUAAGGCGGCUCUGACUUUUGUAUCAGCAAUUUUGCAAUGGCGUGAUAGGGCGAAUUUCGCAUACCUAAGAUUGGACGUAAUAGUAGCCCUUGUCUGUGGAAUUUGGAAAGUCUGUACAUUGUGGCAUCUUCGUACCCACAGGUCGUAGUCUCUUAAGCCACCUGUCAGACAGAAACCCAUCUUUGUGGAGAUCUUUAGGCACUUUCGUCAACUGACUCUCGAUGGUCUCGGUCCGAUCCCUGUAUUUCUCGGUUUACGAGAUCUUUGUGCGUGGAAUUUCUCAUAUCCACGAUUGGAUGUAGUAGUAUCUGGCGUUUGUGGAUUUUAGGAAACCGUACAUUUUGGGCAUCGUCGUACCUACAGGUUUAUUCCUUUAAACUUUUUGUCAGACAAAAGUCUUUUUUGUGGAGAUCUUUGAGCACGUUCGUUAACUGACUCUCGAUGGUCUCGGUCCGAUUCCUGCCUUUCUCCGAUUUUCGAGAACUUUUUACGCCCCGAGAAGAUUUCUUAUAGUUUCUUUACAUAACCCUUCUUAUCCGUUAAUAUUAUUCCUGAGCCUUUACCCGGUGUAAUUAGCACGAUAUUUUCAUUUUCACGAAGCUCUCUGAGACUAUUGAGGUGGUACCUUUGUUCCUUGGAGCCUCCCUAAUUUACUGUUAAUAGCAGUUUACCGAAGGGUUUUAAAUCGGGAGACUGGCUAAAGAGGAUUUCGAGCUGGAUUUCGAGCUCUGGUUUAUUUUGAUGAAAACACGAAAGAAGUGUUUGAAUUAACAUUAUGUUGGCGAGAUAUCAAGAUCAAAGUACUAAUGGUUUUUACAGGACAACGUGUUAGGAUGCUGGUAUGUGACUAAGUGAUUUAAGCAGAUACGGUGUUUCCGUGCACCAACAGAGCGCCUUGAAAGUAUUCCGUGGAUGUUGGCAAAGUUAAAGUCGACUAAUAUUCAAGAUGUUCUUGAAAUAUCAGUAAAUGCUUACGGCUUUCUACAUGUUCCACUAACCUUUAAAAACGUUCUGCAGCUCGUCCUUAGGAAGAUAUUAAACGUAAAUUUUUCCUGAAGGUAACCGCUUAAAUAGCGGUUUUCGAGCAUACUUUUUGUGCAGCAUGCGGCCUGGGUCAUUUUGUUAAGCUCUCUCAAACAUCAAAUCAAAUCAGCUUGGAGCAGGAACGUCCACAAAGAUAGCGUACGAUAAAUAUACACUUAUGAAAUGGAUAUAUUAUCUAGUACGUUUUCUUUGAACAAAGGCCUUUCCUGGGGUACUUCGGAGAUGAAUGUCCACGUCCUUAAUAUUUAUCUUUUGGUAGGGUCAAGGAAACAAUCGAAACGACUGACCCGCGUUUGCAUUUUUCUGAAAGACACCGAUAACGUUCUGACUAUAGACAAAAAGCAAUUUUUUGUUUACUUUACUCAAGCUGUUUUUGCUAUUUUGUUUCCUUAUGGGUCCUGCUGUUUGAUAAUAAAUGAAACAUAUGAUCACAGUAGUUUUAACAAAUUGCUAAGUCAGCCGCUGAUGUAGCCGUUUGCUUCCAUUAAUAUAUGGUUGUGGAAAAUAUAUUUCAAAAAAUGUUGGUUAUGCCGUUUAGAAUAAAUUAAAUGGCCGCUUGACGGUGAAUCCAUAAACAACUGCUUGUCAAAUAUUUAAGUAGCUAAGGUAAAUGCGCGUGCAUUAAGAGGAGAAUCUGCGUGCGGGCUUAGGGGCUUUACUUCAAGGCAGGGGAUUACGCAGAACUCACAGCCAAAUUUUCCACACACGAAACACUUUUUUUAGAAUGCUAGUUUCAUUUCCUUCGGCCUAACCCGAUUUACACAGGAAAAAAUAUCUGUUAUUUGACGCAGGUUGUUUUAGUAAAUGUAUUCAGUUUUGAUUAUGCUUUUUACUAAAAACACGAGCACCGAUGCACGCAACUUGCUCAGACCGUGGACUAUUGCAGAAAAUUGCCCCAGUCUAAGAUAACGUCCAUUUUGUCCGAUGUUGUUGACAUUUUCUUCUACUUAACCAUUUUGAAGUAUUUUGUUACGAAAAAAUGGUAGCGUUUUUUUUAACAAUCCAGGCCAGUUAGAAAAAAUGUACAAUGUUUGAGGCGUCCGAUACGAUUAUCGCACGUUACAUCGCCUAGUGUCUAUUCGCGCAUCUACGGAUGUGCCCCGAUCCAGAGUCCGAAUUUUUCCAUGGGGCACUUACACGUGAUAAACAACCGGUCAAUCAGUUUUAUUAUGGGAUUAAUGGAUGGUGAUAAGUUCCUCACAUCCCGGUAGAACUUUGCUUAAUCAAUACAUCAAAAUGACUAGCUGUUUGUUUUUAGCAGACACGGAAAAUUAACCGAAAUAUUGAAAACUAAUGACGAUCAAAGGAUUUUUAUUUUUUGGUCUGUUUAAUGAGCUUUCGUUGACCACAGAUGGAAAUUAAAUAGCAUCUACGUAUGUACACGUGUCUGUUAUUUUCUUCUGGUGAUUAUUAUUGGUUUCCCAAUUGUAUAUGAUUUUCAUGUUGUAUAACGGCCUCUUAUAAAGGUAGAUAUCUUCAGAGCGGGUUAUAGAAGAAAAUCUCUGUAAGGACAGAACCAGUUUAUGGCUCUUUUUAAUAGUUAAUCUGUGAAAUUGUUUGCAAAUCCUAUUUUGCUCCAUAUUGAAUGUGCGCUAGUAGUCAUUUUUAUUUAACAAAACGUUGAUCUGGAUUCUAUCUUAGUUUAAAGAAGUCUAGAAAAUUUCUCCUUGUUUGUUAAAAUGUGGACAUUAUAGAUAACCAAAGUACCGCCUAUUCAGAACGUUUUCCGAAUAUAAUUUAUGCACUAAAUCUUCCUUCUUCACUGUAGGUUAGAAGCCUUGUGCAGUGUUAAUGGUCACAUGAACCUCUGUGCUUUCUUUGAAAAGUUCCAUCAAUUAUUUCUGAUUGUUACAGGCACGCAUUCCUAUAAUAUAUUAGUUUAGUCAUCAUAAGUUUCAAAUGCUGCCCAAAUGUAUAUUUUCCGGAGAAAUUUGAAAGCACGCAGUCUGCGAUAUUAGACGCAAUUGCGCUCCUCUGUUACGUGAAUGCGGUCACCAUUAGGCUUUUGCAAAAUCAUUCUGCAUGAGGAAUACUUCGAAAAGGCAUUCGCCAAAUUUGCAUUUGCAUCACGUCAUUUAGCAAUAAAUAAGCGUUUCUAGAUUUUUUGCACAUAAUUAUUAGAGCGGUGUGAGUCUUUAUGUGUAUUUUACGAAAAUGUGGACAAACAUGGAGUGCGGCUUAGUAGUUAUAAAUGGCUUAAUUUGAUUAUAUAGUAAAUUUAGCUGGAAGGAUUUAAAUGGCACUCAGCAGAAAUUAAAUAAUUUGCUUCAUUUUGCAGCAUACCCCUACUGCAUCAUUUGAGAAGGGCAAGAUUUUUCAAUAUCGAUAUAAAAAUUAGAUCUCUAAAAAUCGCGUUUUUGAACUAGGGUUAUAGAUGCCAGGCUAGAACUAGAAAGCAAUUGGUAGUUAUCCUCAGCAUUCACAAAGAAAACAUCAAUUGCACGGUAAAAGGUUUACAAUUUAGGUUUUUAGGUUGCUGUUUACAUCUAUUAAAUUCCGGCUUUUAUUCUUAAUUUAUCAGCAAUCCAAAACGUUUAAGCAUCAAAAUGAUAACAGAAGGAUCAGCAUUGAUAUUGUGAAUAAGAAAUCGAGUAUUACCGAUGGCUGAGUGUUGUGGAAAUUAUACAGUUAAUUAAAAUAUUUAAUAUCCAAUGACGACUAAAUCCGAAGCAUCUAAGGGAGUAAUUUUGAAUUCUGUAAACCUUUGUACCAACACUUUUGUUCUUGCUUUAAACUUUUCUUACCACUUUAUUAGAGCGCAAGGUAUAUCCAUUUGAUUUUAUACAUACUACGCGAUUAUGUUGAAAGCUUUCCCGUGACACCUAAAUCCUUGCAAAACAUAAUUAUCUCAUUUAUUUAUAUCUUUUAAAUUGAUAAACAAGCGGCUUUCAUGCCUCUUAAGACGUAUUUCAGUGUUACUUCUAGGAAGACGGUUUGCCUUAUUCUAUCGAGCGACCGCUGUAACUAUUUGAGUUAAUGCAUCACUAUGUAAAGCAAACAAAUCCCAUUGAUUACGCGCAAAUUAGUUAAAAAUUGAGGCAGAACGGGACUACAAUAAUAAUGUCCAGUUAUUUUGAAGCAGACGUCCUUAUGUAUCUUGAUUGCUUCAGUCCCUCCUUUUGAUUUUAACGCUUUCACAGAGACUUUAUGAUUUUCCGUGCUCAUUGAAUAUAUUUACUGGCCAUUGUUAUCAAUGGGCUUAUUUUUCAGAAAAAUAUUGAAGUUUAAGGAUGUCAACCCACUUGCCAAGUGCACACCAUUUUAAAUAGUUUGCUGCAACUCUUUACGUGUAGAUUGUCAUAUAAGUUCAUGAAGACGUUGUUUGGAUAAGAGCCGAUCUUUUAUUCAGGGUUUACAUCGUAUACUCAGGAAACAUGAAAGGGUUUUCAUCUUUGACUUUUGGUCUCGCAAAUUGUGAUUAUUUAUUGAUCAGAGAACCUUAUGUGUCGAACCUUACAGAAAACGAUAACCAAAGCACAUUCCUCAAUUAUCGAUAGAAGUUAAACCACCAUUUUCCAAAGCGUAAUUCGAGAUAAAAGGGAAACUUAAAAGAAGAAAACAAUAAGUGGAACGUUUGGUCCGUUGACCUUUGAUAAACGGCCGUUCUGUGCAGCUUUUUAACCGCUCCUGGUUUAUGAACUCUUGCGUUUAUUCUUGUGUUUGGUGUUCAAGUCCCGUGCACAAGCUAUUUAUUGGAAUUGGCGAAUUUAAUUCAAACUCAAUGGUAAACAAAUAACGUUUCCACUUUCUCUAUCAGCUAGUAUGCGUAGGGUUCGUGGACACUAAAGGUCAAACAGUACGCGGGUCUAAUUGACUUGACUGCACCGCAGUUAAAAGCGGUGCAUAGAGGAUAUUCGAUAAAAUGCUCUUAGCAAACAGAUUUUAAAAAAUGACCUUGUGGAUGGAAAUGACCGAAAAGUAGGUCUUCAGUUUGACGUUGGCUGAGUUAUAAUUUGUUCUCACACAACUUACUUAUACAAUAACUUUAAUUUAUUUAUCUUUUCCUACACACGUCUUAAACCAUUCCUCUUCAUGGCCUACGUAAAAGAGUAUAAACACUCCAUAUGAACGGCCGUAAAACAUCCCUUUAGUAAUUAAUGGAAGUUACAAACGGGCAGGCCGCAUAGGAAAUUCGCGGUUUAAUUAUUGUGAACACAGCAGAGAGACAUAAAAUACCCCCGAGAGAAGGCAAAGAAUAUGGAAAUACUAGAGCGCCUGCUUGAUAAGACAAUAAAUUUAUAAUACUGCUGUUUGCCUUAUCGCAUAGUUUCCACCAUUUAUCGCUGUGCUAACAUAAGUCACCUGUAACUGGCCUCUCACCUGAGAGCGUUUGUUGCUGAACUGAUGAUUCACUUUUCAUAUCUAAAUAAAAUAAUUCAUGUUGAUGCACUCAAGUGCUGGUAAGGUGUUUUCUAUUGACAGUUGGCUAAGAGUGUAACAUAUUCGAUAUAGACAAUUCUGCGCUUGAUUAUGCUAUUCUGCUGAGUUUCCUAAGGUUUUGAAGACGUUUCUUAUUGAAACAAUGACAUAUCAUGGUAAAAUGACAACGAUUUCUGACCGUUAAUUAAUAUCAAAAUGCGCAUACCGCCUUUCCAGUUGGCAAUCGUUUUCGCAGCAUCCAGAAUACCAAAUAUCCGAUCAUCAUGGGUGCUACAAAAAAAAUAUUUGUUGAAAAUCAUAAGGGCACUUUUGAAAGAAAACCUAAUGUACUCACUGUCCCCUUUAAGAUAACGCGGUAACUGCCAAGUUUGCAUUGGAGCGGUUUUGGCUGAACAAGUAUACUUACAGAAUAAGAGAACUACGUCAAUUAGAACUUUAAAUUUCUGUUUUGGGGUCCUACCGUACAGUCGCGUGACAACAAGCAAUCACUGACCGACAAUUAUUGGAGGUAAAAGAAAGAGGAUGCAAAAACGCCAAUCUUGAGUUUAUUUAUCGUUACCAGCCCUCCGCACCCCAGUAUAAGUCAAAAACUUUUAAAAUUGAAUCGAUCUCUCUGCAAAGUGGGGAGUUCUUAAAUACAAUGAAAUUAUGAUAUUUCUGUGAACAAGUGUUCACUUAGUUGUGUUUAUUUAGUAUCGCACCUAACAGGACGCAAGCUCAUGACCCACGCUCUCUGACGUUAAAUGACGAACGUUCUUAUCUCUGGUUUUGGUGGUCGAGUAACGCCUGACUGGUGGCAAUAAGCCAGAAAUUGUUAUUCCAUUCUUUGUUGCCUAAGAAAUUUUUAGUUGUCCAUCGUCUCCUUUGUAUGUAAGUUAUGACGUUGUCCUCUAAUAAAUGAUGGAGUAUGAGCCGAAUAAAACUUGUGGUUUAAGCAAAAAAUAGAAUCGCAAUGAAAUUUAACUUGGGCACUUUUUUUGUCAAAGAGAUGAUGCAUAAUGCAGGGCCCCUUACAGUAGUUGGACGCGAUACGUUCUAUAGAUGCUAAUUACGCAGACCUCUAUCAGUGUGGAAUCACUACAGUAUUUACAUUAGACCCACGAUCAACAUCUGGUGAGUCCUCUGCGCGGGUAGAUGAAGUCGGUCUCAAACUUGUCUCAGGCGUCUUAAUCUACUGACAUUUUGGAUUGUUCUGUCGACUUGCUUUACUUAGAUUAAGUCAGUUCUGGCUGUUGAAGUGAUUUUGCGGCAUAGAACAAUUCUAAGAUGAUGUUACUAAUUUUGGAAUGCACUCGCCCGUUAGGAUUGCUGCAUACUAUUUCCGCCGCAACUAUUUCCACAAAAUGUUUUUUGAAAACGUUCAAUAAAAAUUAUAAAUUUAUUUAAGUAAUGCCUACGUUUUACUCACGCUGUCAGCACCGUGAACUACAACUGCCGUCUUGUAUUACGGUUUUUAAUAUACUCGUCUGGGAUCCCAGUUUUGCAUAUCGUAUUGUUACUUUAUUGAGUUCACUCCAACACAAAAUCUUUGUGCGAGAGUCAAAGACCUUCAAUGGAUGAUUAGUGCUUUCAGGCGCUCAGUUAGAAUAAAAAGCACAACAUUAAUGCCGGAAUUUUUCCUUUCUUAAAGGUGUAUACGCUUAAGAACGUGUUUUACAUAAUAGAAACACAACACUUAAAAAACACGUUUUAUUACUCUGCAGAAAGAAAGGUCGUCUUUGUUUGAGUUCAUAGGCGGAAAUCAUCUCUUUCAGAAUUGUCCACUUAUGCCUUAUGAAUCCCUUUCGUCUGAAUUAAAUCAAAGUGAUAGACAACUUUGCAAAGAUUAAUAUUUUAUCCUCGAAAACAUUUCUUUAUUCCGUCUAAUUUCUUGGUACUCGACGCCGAUAGUAAAAUUCUGCUUCACGUAAAAUUAAUCCGUGCAGAAAUGUAUUGGUGCAUUUUGCCUAACAAUGAUACAAUAUGGUCUGACAGAAAUUGGUCGGAGAAAUUGGCAAGGUGCGUGUCAAGUUUGUUAUUCUAAUCUAAACGAGGCUUUCGAGUAAAAACCUCUUAUCUAUCGCCUAGAUGCAAAAAUCCCCAGACAAAAUAUAAGUAACACGAUUUAUUAUCAUAUCUGUGCGUAGCCUUUCGGUCGUCAUGAAGUCAAUAUCUAUUUUAUAUAGUGCGAACUAACAACCAAAGGCGCUUUUCCUUUUAGAUGCAAUUCCAGCAUAUGAUUUUUCACCACAUGGAAAUGGCAAUAUCUCCGUGGUCAGCGUAUCUUUGCAGGGCUCAGAGACGUUAAACGUCGACAAUUCAACUCGGUCACUUGUAAGGGAUAUAGGGUACGACACAGACAAUAACGUAUCCCUCAUUAACUUGGGAACAGAAGACCUAUUGAUUCGAACAGUACUGACAAAUGAUAACCAGAAAGAGGGUGGAUAUGACGCAACAGAGCCUGUACCAACGAGUUCAACAGAAUGGACUAAGUUGCAUAGCAAGCCAAACCAUUCAAAUUCCUUGUCAACAGAGGGUUGGGAGGCCGAAGAUAUAACUAGAGCUACUCCGUAUAACCUGGGGCCCUCGACCGACUACACAAAUGGUGUACCCCGAGUUCUGGAAAAGACUGACAGUGAACGAAAAGAAAAGAGUGCCAAGCGCGAUAGUGAAAUUAGUAAAGCAGAAAGCUCUGGAUUGGCCGCAGGCACUGCCGGAAACAGGCUUCGAAAAGUUGUUUCCAAUGUCUCGGAGGAAAAACAGAGCGACGACAACACAAGUGACACUACACGUCAGUCACUGCUAAAAGACAGUCACCAGAAUUCGUCUGUUGCUUACCCAAUUUCACACGCAAACCCAGACGGACCUGCAGCGGAUCUCAACGAGCAGUUGUCUCGAGUUAAGGCUCCUGCUGCUUCAAACCUACCGACAGACGGGCACACUUUGGUGAAUCACUCCAAACCUGGAUUUGUCGAUCCUUAUCUGAGAGAAGGUACAUUAGCUUCAAGAAAUGUCAAUCACAGUACAUUUCGGGAGGAUGGGAGCUUAGUGGAUCAGCUCUGGCCAUCUGCUAGGGACCCAGCUUUACCUGUGACUGAAAGACGAGAGAAAAUAAAUGAAGACAUUUUAUCCUUCGUGAGAAAACCUCAAAUCGAAAAGAACGGAAUCGUGGAAACUAGUAAAAUACGUGAGAAUGAAAGUUACAUUAUUCUGAAUACUGACGUCAUAGAAUCAAAAGACCCCAGUGAAAUUUUGCAAGGACAACCAUCUAGAACUGCCUCUCAGCACUUUAGCGAUGUGGCCCAUCUAGAAAGAGUGCCAGCAGAUCUGCACUUCCAGCAGUUCCCCACUAUGCAAGGUUCAGUUGUUCAACGUCAAGCUACCCACCCAUUGACCCUGCCUAGAGAACCCCCACAAUCUUCGGAUAUUCAUCGGCAACCCAUAGCCAUAGAUAUGCGUGGGCGGUUCCCCAAUCGCCCAACACAGCAAUUUAAUGGUUUAAAUGGGGGUAUGGGCCAGGCGCCAAAUAUACUGGCCUCCCAGUCAAACUGGGAAUCAGAUCAACAGCCUGAGUAUCCGCAUCAGUCAGUUAACGGCAGUCCGCAGUCCGCAUUUAUACCGCCGACAAUAUCAGGACCUUUGCCAAGAGCUGAAGCAAUACCUGCCCCAGGGCCAGUUGUCGGCCAACGGUCAUCGCACAACCAACCUGAGUCACCAAACAACUUACCAGGUUCCUGGGCUGACCCCGUGGGGCAAGAAAUUGUAAACAUACAGUCGAGCGCACGCGGUCCUUACGCCAAUAGAAUAGACUAUAUGGUCAGUUCGCCCGCUGAGAGCGGGCAAGCACAUCCUGCAUUUAAUUUGGGCCCACCUUCAGGCCACGUAUCGGGUCUUGCUGGUAGUCACCCACUUCAACCUGGGGCAACACCGGAGGACUUGGAAAGAUCCGGAAGCUUGAAUCCACCUAUUAUCAUGUCGCCACAACAUGCGCAAGCUACGGCAUCAGACCAGUCGUCAGCUGGAGGUAUGCCAGGCUACCAGUCUCAACUUGCCAUGUCCCAGCAGCAAGUGCAUCAAGCGCCCCUUUACUUCCAGCCCCAAGUUGGGCACAAUAGCCAUUUACAGACUGCUUAUCAUGACAGUUCGCCAGAGAAUGCUAGGAGAGAGUCAUUUUAUGUGGAUGGUGGUCACACAGCUUCGGUUUUAUUUAAUGGCCGACCUCGUCAGCCUCCACCUCAGGGUGCAUUUUUUGUCGCCCAACGUCCACAGGAUGUGGCAGCGUCGUUGCCCGAACGGUUUGCCAACCCUGAAAGGACUGAAAAUCUUAACUCUGACCCAUUAAUACCACUGUCAGUUCCGAUGGAUGGACAAGGCAGACAAGCUCCGGUGCAGACGGAUAACCAGCCGUCACAACCUUCAUUAUUCCAGGUCCAGAAUAUGCCUGUCUAUCCCAAGCAUACCAACGGAGCCCAGUAUCCUUCAUUACAGUCGGGCGGCAGUGAGAACGCCCCAACGCACCAGAACAUGCAUUUGGGGGAACAUGGCCCCCUUUACUUGAUGGAUAACAAAGUUAUAACUACGGGGCCGACAAACGUUAACCUAAAAGGAGUCGUGGUUUCCAAGAAGGAAGCUUGGAACUCCACAAUGCAGCCAACAAGUGGUUCGAUGACUCUCAUAAACGAUACUUUGAAAAAAUCGGAAGAUGGAGAUAAAGAAGAGAUCACGCAAGCAUAUGCUUAUGACAGUGUGCCUUUAUCAAGGACUUCGUCAAGUCUUGCUCCGCAACUGCCUCCAAAACCGUCUGACAGUCCACAAGAGAUCCCAGGUUCACUUCGAGUCCCUUUAUCCCCACCUCUCAUCCAAGCAAAUCAGAGCCACGAACAACUGCAGUCAGAGUCGAUCGAUAAUUCCACAUCCACCGAACCUGCAAAAGACAGGAUCACAUUCAAUAAGCUUGACAAGGGCAAGUUAAAAUUCGGCAAGUCUCUUGCUGAAAGAAUAGCCCAUGAUCGAUAUGUGGGCACAAUUGUCGGAAUAAUUUUAUCACUUUUUAUCCUUGCUGGUCUGUUCGUUGCUGCAAUCCAUCUAUUUAAACGCUAA